CGGAGGGCGGGCGCGGGCGGAAUGGGGACUGCAGCUGCGGCGGCGGCGGCGGCGGCGGCGGCCGGGGAGGGGGCGCGUAGCCCGAGCCCCGCCGCCGUGUCGCUCGGCCUGGGCGUGGCCGUCGUGUCGAGCCUGGUGAACGGGUCCACGUUCGUGCUACAGAAGAAGGGCAUCGUGCGUGCCAAGCGGCGAGGUACUUCCUAUUUAACAGACAUUGUGUGGUGGGCUGGCACAAUCGCAAUGGCUGUUGGCCAGAUUGGAAACUUCCUGGCUUACACGGCGGUCCCCACGGUCCUGGUAACUCCCCUGGGCGCCCUUGGAGUACCGUUCGGGUCCAUUUUAGCUUCCUAUCUCCUGAAGGAAAAGCUCAACAUCUUGGGCAAGUUGGGGUGCCUGCUAAGCUGUGCAGGCUCCGUCGUGCUGAUUAUCCACUCCCCAAAGUCUGAGAGUGUGACGACUCAGGCUGAGCUGGAGGAGAAGCUGACCAAUCCAGUGUUUGUGGGCUACCUGUGCAUCGUGCUGCUCAUGCUGCUGCUGCUCAUCUUCUGGAUCGCGCCGGCCCAUGGGCCCACCAACAUCAUGGUCUACAUCAGCAUCUGCUCCUUGCUGGGCAGUUUCACCGUGCCUUCCACCAAGGGCAUCGGGCUGGCGGCCCAAGACAUCUUGCAUAACAACCCGUCCAGUCAGAGAGCCCUCUGCCUGUGCCUGGUGCUCCUGGCCGUGCUCGGCUGCAGCAUCAUCGUCCAGUUCAGGUACAUCAACAAGGCGCUGGAGUGCUUCGACUCCUCGGUGUUCGGGGCCAUCUACUACGUCGUGUUUACCACGCUGGUCCUGCUGGCCUCAGCCAUCCUCUUCCGGGAGUGGAGCAAUGUGGGCCUGGUGGACUUCUUGGGGAUGGCCUGUGGAUUCACGACCGUCUCCGUGGGGAUUGUCCUUAUACAGGUGUUCAAAGAGUUCAAUUUCAACCUUGGGGAGAUGAACAAAUCUAAUAUGAAAACAGACUAGAUUGCAAUAGGAGCUUGGAUGGUUCGAGGAACAGGCAUUGGAGGUGGUUUCUGGCCCUGAUUGGAUGUGAAGUAGAAGAGGUCCUCGAUCAUGGUGUUAGAAUUGACUGGAUAGUAACAGGUGGUCUGGUGGACAGCGGGGAGCAUGGCUCAGCACCAGAGCAGAGGCCCAGCCAGCCCUCUGCAGCCCAAAGGUCCCCAACGGUUGCCUGGCACCAUCUCUCUCUGAUGAGACGAAUCUCAUUUUCAUUUCCAUUAACCUGGAAGCUUUCAUGAAUAUUCUCUUCUUUUAAAACAUUUUAACAUUAUUUAAACAGAAAAAGAUGGGCUCUUUCUGGUUAGUUGUUACAGGAUAGCAGAGAUAUUUUUACUUAGAUUACUUUGGGAAUGAGAGAUUGUUGUCUUGAACUCUGGCACUGUACAGUGAAUGUGUCUGUAGUUGUGUUAGUUUGCAUUAAGCAUGUAUAACAUUCAAGUAUGUCAUCCAAAUAAGAGGCAUAUACAUUGAAUUGUUUUUAAUCCUCUGACAAGUUGACUCUUCGACCCCCCACCCCCACCCAAGACAUUUUAAUAGUAAAUAGAGAGAGAGAGAAGAGUUAAUGAACAUGAGGUAGUGUUCCACUGGCAGGAUGACUUUUCAAUAGCUCAAAUCAAUUUCAGUGCCUUUAUCACUUGAAUUAUUAACUUAAUUUAACUCUUAAUGUGUAUAUGUUCUUAGAUUAGAAUAAUGCAACUUCGAGUAUGCUUUAAUAUUUCAAUAUUCAAGUUACAAAUGUAUAAGGCAGUUAGAAAUAAUACAGUCACAUGUCAAUGAUAGGGAAACAUUCUGAGAAAUGCAUUGUAAGGUGACUUUAUUGUGUGAACAUCAUGGAGUGCACUUACACAAACCUAGAUGGGACACCUAUGACCCACCCAGGCCAGAUGGUACAGCCUGUUGCUCCUGGGUCACACACCUGUACAGCAUGUGACUGCACUGAAUACCGCAGGCAAUUGUAACACAGUGGUGAGUAUUUGUGUUUACAAACAUAGGAAAGGUACAGUAAAACUAUGGUAUUAUAAUCUUAUGGGACCACCGUCAUGUAAGUGGUAUGUCUUUGACAGAAACAUGGUUACGUGGUUCAUGACUGUAUAUUCACUGGAAGAUAGUCAAGACUAAAGACACAUUAGAGCAAAUUGACCCCUAAAUCAAUUGUCCAAUUAAAGACAGUUGAUUUAAGUAGCAUGAGGUAUUAUUUUAUUUGUAUUCAAUCUGUGUUACCUGGGAUCCAGUAUCAAAUAUAUCCACAUUCUUUAUCAGCAAGCAUUCAUGGCCAUUCAGAAGAAAUAAAUUAGGUAACUUGAUAAUAAGGCUAAGUGGGAGAGUACCUGUUCAAUAGCUCAUAUAUCGAGUACCCUGUCAUACAGGAACAAGUUAAAGGACACAAUUGAGGUUAGGCUAGCUUCUACAAAUUGCAAUACACAGUUUUUGAAAGAUUUUCUAACAAAAAGCCAAUAAAUGUAGCCAUCUCCUUGUUGUUUGCGAUGGCAGAGCAUCCUAGAGUUCCUCAGCUAACCUCUCAUUAUGUCUUAAAUGCAAAAGAGCCAUUAAUUAUGCCAGUAUUUGAAUCAAAGAGGUCAUUCUCUGUCUAUAGUGUUCCCAUCCAUGUGUUCCAAAUGGGAGCAAAGCAUGAAGUGAUGCACAUAUUUCACCACGGUAUCAUGUACUUCAUGGCCAGUGUUUUAUCUCAGCAGGGAACUAUGCCAAGUUGAAAGAUGGGGUUGGGUAAAGUAGAUUAGGUGAAGUAGAACAUAAAAUUGAAUAGUACCCAAUUAAAGUUCCUCAGUAAGAAAAAAAAAUGUGUUUUUGUAGGCAAAAAGAACAUUUCUAAAGUCUCAAGGAAUAGCUUCCUAAAGUGUUGAGUAAAGAGGCUAAAUAAAAUGAGACUAGUUUAAUAUAGAGAGAAAAAUACCUUAUGGAGUAAAAGUGUACGUGAUGAUCAUGAGUUGUCAGUGAUUUGUGAACUGAGAGCAGCAACAACAUUAUUUUUAAAAAAUCUUAAAUCCUCUCUUAAUGGAUAGUUAACAAAUGCUCAAAGUCCAUUACUCUUUUUAUUGGCUCUUGCAGGUUUUGUUUUUUAUCAUCAGUGCUUUUAGGAAUGCAGGCCUUAACUUACUGAACUGAACUUUCUGAAAACGUAAUGUAGCAGUAUCAAUAUACUUUUGGGCAUAAAAAUAGUUUCCUAGGUAAGGGGUGUGAGAUAUUCAAAGAAUACGUGUGGCUAAUAAGUGUAAUGAGAAAGUUCAUGUGUCACAUGAAAAUGAUCACGUUUGUGUUGCUACAGCUUUCGUGGGAAAUUUAGUUUAAAGGCAGCUCUUGGUGUACCUUAGUAUAUUUUAAUCCACAAUUAUACCAUUGAUACUGAGAGGUGAUACCCGAUGAUCUUCUCUAUAAUAUUCUUAGAGUAAAACAAAAUCUCAAAAGUAUUAAUAGCUCUUCUACCCUUGAAGGUGACUGGUCCUGGGACAGUUAGAAUCUUUCAGGUUUACCUCUGUUCAGCAGAUAUUUCAGUAGGAUACAUAGCUUUUCUUCCAGUGAAACAAAGUUCAUAUCAUCCAUUGUUUUUCAAGCACGUGACACUAGCCUCAAAGUAAAUGACAUGACCAGUGGUUGAACAGUCUAAUUUUCAAAUUUAAUAUAGAGCAUAUAACUUCUGAUUUAAUAGUAUUUAUUUUAAAAAGUUAUGUUUUCAUCAUUCAUUUGAAAAUGAAAAAAAAAAAGCCCCAAAGUGAGAACUUUGGGGGAGGGCCUAGAACAUGGAUAGAUCUCUUAGUGGUCUUUCCAAAAGUACAUGUACUUGAAAUAUUUUCAUUAUCAUAGUAUUCUUUGAAAAAAAAGAUGCUUACUGUAUACUUGUUUUCAAGCAUCCUCUAAAAUCAAAGGUUUUGAUCACAAUAUGCAGAUUUCUCUUGAUAGAUACUUAAAUAGGCCAUUUCUCUCCUCUUCUUGGGCAAUGCCUUGUUUUCUCCUCUGAAUAUCUGCAUUUGAAAAGAUUGCUUCCUGUUCUGCUCACUGAUCAAAGGUAGGGCCAAUUAAGGAUUCUAACCCUAACCCAGCACCACAAAGCCCCCCUGGAGCAUCUUCCCGGCUGGCAGGACCAUGCCAUCUCUGUUGGAGAAGGUGCUGGGGAGGGAAGUCCUUCCAGUGCCACAUGGAGUGAGGCCCUGCCCAUGCUGGGGACUUUGGGGAGGAAUCUGGUAUUCUGGUGGCCUUGCCCAGCUCUCAUUGAGAUCUUUUCCUAUCAGAAUGUUAGCGAAAUAUACUUCGCAGCUCUUUGUUCAGCAAUAAGGAAUAUUCUUUCAAUUCCUGCUCUUCAAGCCGCUUUACUACACCCGGUUGUCUUUCCAGAAGUUCAUCCCAGCGGUGAUAUGUUGGUGUUUGUUCUUCUUUGGAUUUCGCAUCUGUUUUCUGGUAGAAGUGAGCACUGUUCACUUGUGCAGCCGUCUUAUUUUCCUUCUUCCUAGAUGACUCAGCUCUUUGUAAAUGUUGUGCUCAACUUCUAGGGGCCAGUUCUAGACUUUGGAGAUGCAGUGUCUCCCAGGUGUGCAUGGACGCCUGGUCCGUGGAAACAGGUGUGAUGGGCACAGGCUGCUGCCCUUCUGUCUGGUCGGGGGAUUCCUCUUCUUCAAGCUGCUCAGCUAACCCAGAAGAAGAGAGAGAGUACUCCGGUGGUUCCCAGAGCCCCUCCCAUUGUGCCGCUCCGACUUGACACCUGCUCGAUGCUGACUUAGGCUUCCUGCCACCAAGCAGGAAACUAGAAAGAGAACAUCUCAGUGCAAGGUCUGUUCCCAACGGCAUGGAUUAGCUUCCAUGUUCUGAAGUUGUCCUUUUCAUGGUGUCUGACACCGAGGGCGUUGUUCGUCCAUCAGGCGGGAUUGGAUGGAGUCUUGGUGUUCUGCCUUCUCAGGGACCAAAAAUGUAUCAUUGACUCCUUAACAGUGACCUUCUUCCCAAGGACAUAUCCGUGUUCAUUUUUCAUAGGCUUUACUCAUAUUCAUAGGUAGAUUCUGUUAAUGUGAGUUGGAAAGAAAAGACCACUGUGUACACCAGUCACACCACAAGACAGUUCAUCAUAUAAAAUACCUCAAUUUUUUGUAUUCCUCAUUUCCACCUCACAAUUGUACUGGUGAUGAAUUUUAAGGGUCUGUCCUUUAGCUUAUAGGUGAUGUUUCACAUCUGGCCAGAUUCUUAUACCUCCAUUGUAUACUUGAAAAGGUUCAGAAUUACAGGAACAGCAGUGAGAAUUUGGCCCACUACCACGACUCAUUUGUUUCAUUCACAUUCCUCACGCGCAACAACAUAAUUAUAUUUUAAGAAAAUGUAACUUUGUUACAUCAAAAUAUGUUGUCUAGUAAAAAGUUGAUAUUCAGUAGAACAAGGAUCAUGUAAAUAAACAUCUAUUUCACAUGUACCCAAAAGCAUUUAAAAAGCAGAAUCCAGGGCCCGGAGCAUGAGCCAGGGAGGAGGAUGUUUUUCUUCUUUUCUCUAUUUUUCCCUAAAUUGUGCAAACAUAGGUGAGUCUCUUAACCUUUCUGUGCCUCAGUUUUUCUACCUCUAAAGGGGUGGGAUGGUUCUUCAAAUUGUUUCUAAAACACCGGCACUUUCAGCAGUGUUCUGGUGGCCUGAGAUGAGAGCACCGUGUUCAGAAGUGCCUGGGAGUGGCACAGUGGAAAUUCCGCUUGCACGGACCGUGGAGUCUGCUCAGGACCAUGCUGUAGGACACACAGCCUCAUGCGCUGAGAAAGCAAAGGAAGUGCUGGGUGUAAAGUUUGCAUGAUUCCAUGAAGCUUUAGUUUUCCUUUUUUUGUUUUAAAAGAAAGGGUUUUAUAUGUUCUAUUGUAAAAUAUGGAAAUUAAACAGGGACUUCAGAAAGCCGCACAGAAAGAUCACCUUCCGACGGUGUGAUGGGCUCCUGACAUUCGGCCGAGGUCUGUAUUCUGAAAAAGAUUUAAUGGCCUGUGAAACACGUGGAUUCUGUUGCACUGGAUUUGUAAUAAAUGAUGCUGAACUUCCUGCUUCCAAGCAGCUCAACCCUAAUGCUGAACUGACACCAGGCGAAUGUCAGGGCUCCCAAACCACUAGUGCCAAAGGGUCAUGUUGAAAAGUUCAGAAUAUUUAUUUGUCAGAAUAUAAUAAUUGCCCCCCACCUUAGUAUUUUUGCACUUUACAGAAAUUUAGAUACUGUUUUUCAGUGGCUUGAGCGUUUUGCCUUUUCAAAGGAUAACUAUUAUUUUAUUGAAAAUGGAAUAUAAUCAUGAGAGGAAGAAGAUGUAAAAAAUGUCAAAUGUUGAUUGGUUGUGUAAAAGUUUUGUCAUAGACAUGUAUUGGGGAGCUUCCAAUUAGCAUACAUAGACACAUGUGUCAGUGGCCAAGACCUGCUUAUAUUUUGCUUUAUAGAUGUAGUCAUAGCAUGUUGUUAUUGCCUCAUGUAAAUAAAAAGGCUAUUAAGUUUUCCAGUAAUAUUUAUUAAUCUGUAUGUGUUUUAAAAUAAAAUAACAUUUCUAGCUGAA